AUGUCAUCGACUGCAGAUGCUAAGCAGGGACCUUUUUCCUGCGGGACAAGACACGGGGACCUGCCCACCGAGCUUCGGCGGAUAGCAGAAGAAGAAUUGGGGGAAACAGACAGUGGCAGAGAGGAGGCGCUUGAGAAGCUCACCCAACUCCUUCAAAAUGAACCGGACCUCGAUGCUAGAACGGACCCGGAGUUUCUGCUGCGAUUCCUCCGAGUGCGCAAGUACAAUGUGGACGCGGCCUUGAACACGAUAAAAAACUACUACAAGGGCCGGGUUGCUUUAGGAUCUAGCUUCAAAGGUCUGACUCCGGCCAGUGUGAAUCCAGACGCAAAAGAGUUGUUCAUCGUGAUGCCUGAACGAGAUCGCCAUGGGCGUCUUAUCAUUCUGAUGAGACUUGGAGCCUGGAUGCCCGAAGUUGUGCCGUACUGUGAUUUCCAACAAACUGGAAUGAUGUGCCUGGACCACGUAGCAUCCGAUCCGUCGUCCCAAACGGCGGGCGUCACGCUCAUGGCAGACUUCGAGGGCUUCACUGCAUCCAAGAUGCUUUCCUGCGGCGUUGGCUUGAUGAGGCGAGGCCUUGACUAUUUGCAGAAUUGCCUGCCAAUUCGUCUGAAAGCCCAGCACAUCGUGAGGGAAUCAUACGUCUUUGACCUGUUGUAUGCUCUUCUCCGACCUUUCAUCAAGAAAAAAAUGACGAGCAGGAUCCACUGCCACGGAUACAACUUCGAAACUCUGCACGAGCAGAUAGAUCCCAGAGCGCUCCCUGAAGAGUUUGGAGGCCAAGGAAAGCCGCACGAUUUUGACGCCUUCUGGAAACGUCUCCACGACAAGGAGCAUAUCUUUGCAGAAAACAAUCGAUACGGCUAUCGCACUCCAUCCAGUGAAUUGGUACUCAAUGAUGAGUACGAUGAAGAAAACACGGAUCUAUAG